AUGUGGUCUGUGAUUCGGAAGGCUCAGGGGCUGUCCCCAAAUGUCUCCGCGUAUGCGGCACAGCCCCUGGCUGAACGUCGUGCGCGUCACCAACGGGUCAUUGUGACCCACGAAACCCGUCCUUUUACGCCUUGGAUCGACCCUAAGAUCUACACACGGGCCUAUGGGGACUUGGACUACGACAAGGUCGCGCGGUGGCUCCUCGAGGAGGAGCCCGGGAUGCGACUACAGGCCAUAAAACAUCUCAUAGAGCUCUACACCGAGGACCGCGUGCACGGCGUGCGGAGUCUGGACUACGGCAUGCUGCCGUUGCUGAUUCAGAUGGUUGGGGGGGAUCCGGUGGAGGAGCUCCGUAGCUUGGCCGCCUCUGCUUUGGCGAUGCUGCUGCGCGAGCCAGCCACGCAGCGCUCCGCCGACCACGAGACUUGGCGAACCUACCUUUCCGGGUUAAUCGCCGCGACGAAGGAUGGCUGCGAUGGGGUUGUGGUGCUCUCCCUGCGCGCGCUUGCCGCCUGCCAUGCACAUUUUAACCACUUUUUCCUUACCGAACUCCUCGUGAUGGAGCUCAGCGGGGUGGAGCUGAUGAUCGAGCUCAUUUGCUCUUCUCCAAAUGCGACCGUGCGGGCGGUGGCGUGUAAUGAGCUGACGAAGAUGUUCGAUGUGGCGGAGACCUUCGCUCGGUUUUCGAGGCUGGAGGGGGUGGUCAUUUUGACCGAUACCCUACGCGCGGCGGCCGACGACGACGCGAUGCUUCUCGCGGCCGCCGCGGAGGUGCUCUCGCGUGGCUGCGAGUCCGCACCCUGCCGCCAUGCAGCGGUGCGCUAUGAAACGAUGAGCGCGCUCUUUCCACACCUCUCGCACGGCGAUUUGCUUGUUCGGGUUGCGGUGACAGCCGCGCUCGCGCAGAUUACGAUCUUAGAGGCGGCGAAGAUCCAGGCGUCGGAUUGGCCUCCGCUUUUGGAGGCCGUUCUCUACGCGAUCGGGCAAGAAGUGGAGCGGGAUGUGCUUGUCUUCCUAGCUAGGUUAGUGUACCAUAUUUCGGAAUGUCCGAAAGGGCGGGCCGCCCUGAGGCCAUGCCGGGAUCAUCUGGAGCAGCUUUAUGCUUUUACCAGCGAUGGGGACGAAGGGGAUAUCACACGUCUAACUCUUGCGAAUACGAUUUCUAUUUUGUAUAGAAAGUAA